GAGGGCGGCGCGGGCCGGGGCGGAGCCUGGGCACUCGGCGGAGCCUUAUUCCCGGGCCGCGCGCCUGGAGCGCUCAGUAGAUCGAGGGUGCUGAGCGCUGCACGCGGCUGGCCUGCCGGAUCCGGGCGCGGGUGCUCGAGCGGACAGACUGACGGACGCACGAAGGAACGCGAGCCCGCGCACGUCUCCGAGCCAGGCUAGCACUCGAGGCCGGCCGCGCACGGUGCCCGGCGCAGUCUCGUGCGCUCUCUCCGCCCCGGCUCCGGUGCCAGCGCCCCGGGGCCGCCGCCGCCGCCUCCGAAGUGCCUGCUGCCUUGUCGCUGGCGCCGAGACCAUGAAGCUGCUGCCGUCGGUGGUGCUGAAGGUCUUUCUGGCCGCAGCGCUCUCGGCGCUGGUGACCGGCGACAGCCUGGAGCGGCUUCGGCGAGGGCUGGCGACUGGAACCGGCAACCUGGACUCUCCCACGGAAUCAACGGACCAGCUGCUGCCCCCGGGAGGCGGCCGAGGCCGAGAAGUCGUGAACAUGCAAGAGGCAGAUUUGGACCUUUUCAGAGCUGCCUUCUCCUCCAAACCACAAGCUCUGGCCACACCGAGCAAGGAGGAGCGUGGGAAGAGAAAGAAGAAAGGCAAGGGCUUGGGGAAGAAGAGAGACCCAUGUCUUCGGAAAUACAAGGACUUCUGUAUCCACGGUGAAUGCAAAUACGUUAAGAAGCUCCGGGUCCCGUCCUGCAUCUGCCACCUAGGUUACCACGGAGAGAGGUGUCACGGGCUGAGUCUCCCAGUGGAGAAUCCGUUGUAUUCAUACGACCACACAACGAUCCUGGCCGUGGUGGCGGUGGUACUGUCAUCUGUCUGUCUGCUUGUCAUCGUGGGACUUCUCAUGUUCAGGUACCACAGGCGAGGAGGUUACGAUGUGGAAAAUGAAGAGAAAGUGAAGUUGGGCAUGACCACUUCUCACUGAGAGAGACCUGCGUCCAUGGUGAAGGGCCACCCUUGACCCAGGAGUACCAUCAUCACCUUUCCUGGAUCUGUUUCAAGACAUGCUGAAAUCGUCUCUGGACUGAGAGGCUAGCAGAGGGGCCCCAGUGCAGUGUGGGUCCGGCUGCGGAACAUUUUUGAAGAGGUUGACGGUGCUUCAUGUCCACUUCGAGUGAAAGUCGCUAAGAGCUACAGAGAAAGAUGCCUGAGAUCUCCAGCCUCAUCUGCUCCUUCCCACCUCUUUCCAGAUGAUCUUUCCAUCUUUUAAACUUGGACGUGAAGACUCUUGUUCUGUUUUUUUUUUUUUUAAUUGGUGAAGCAAGGUAGUUUUUAUUGAAACUUGUUUAGGAAGAUGUGAGGGGAGAGAAAGAGAGAAGUUUGGGUCCUCGAGAGAACGCAGACUUCUCCAACAUGGAAAUAAAGCAAGCAAAGAAGCAUUGAGACCAGCAAGUGAGAUAACGUUCCUGAGGGCAGGCCCAGAACUGAACGCUCUUAAGGCCUCUUAUGAACAGACUAGGCUUGACACGCCUUCUUCUGUGCUUCAGAAUCGUCUGGGACAGCUACUUCUGAGAAGACACGGGUUCAUUAGAGACUCAGAAGAGAGGAAGGACUUCACCACCAGCCAUGAAGCCCCUUUUGAUAGCUAGGCGGGGUCUCCCAUGAUGGCUUGCCAAAAUCCAGAGCCCUCUCAGGUUGAACAAAACAUACCCAAGAGGCUCUGGGUCAGAAGAAAGCAGAGAAGAGAGGCCUUAAGUGCCCGUCUGAUCCUCCUCCACCAAACCCCAAGUUUCCCCCACCCCCAUAAGUUUGUUUAAACACUUAUCUUCUGGAUUGAAAUGCCAGUUAAAUUCCAUAUGCUCCAGGAUCUUUGACUGAAAGAAGAAGUAGAGGAAGAGGGGGAAGAAAAAGAAGAAGAAGAAGAGAGAAGGAAAGAAAGGUAUAUUGGGAGAAAAUAACAAAGAGCAAGAAGCCAUGUACUCAAGUAGCUACCAAGGGAUGUGUUACUUGGACCCUCCAGCUCUGGAUUUGAUGAGCUAACUGUGAAAUACCACAAGCCGGAGAACUCUGAAUUUGGGGAUUUCUACCCAGAUAGGAAAAAAAAUAACAACUAUGUUUGUUUGUUUGUUUGUUUAUGCCUCUUAAAUUAUAUAUUUAUUUUAUGUAUGUUAAUUUAUUUAGUUUUUAACAAUCUAACAAUAAUAUUUCAAGUGCCUCGACUGUUACGUUGGCAAUGUCCUGGCCCACCACCCCGACAUCCCCUCUCUCCCCAUCUGGUUAGUAUCACACUCCUCCAUCCCAAAUCUGCGGUGACUCUGUGCCCGUCUGUAGUGAUCUGUCAUCUCUCCAUGUUUCUGAAGAUCUUCCAUGACUAGAGUGUCGCAGCGGGAGUUCUGUAUGGCCAGGGUGUAGGCGUUAACUUGGUCAGGUCCACUCUGUGAGUUGGACUGCAGUCAUGCCUAGAUGAUUUUGUCUACUGUUUGUGUUUUGAAAGCCAAGGUGCUGGUGUCAAAGUGUGACUUAUCAGUGUUGCCCUGUGUCCUUGCCCAGCCAAAUCUUGAAAGAGAUUGGGCUUCCACACCUGCAAGCCUUCCUCUCCCCUUGCUCCCCAUGACCCCAACCCACCGAGUGUGAACUCGUUUUCCCUUGUGUCAAGACAUUUCUCUUAUUCCUGUCGUUCUUCUGGUGCUACUCCAUGCAGGGGUCAGCGCAGCAGAGGUGCAUUUUAGAGAAGGUGUUAGCAAAGAACAAGGCUGAGGAGGAACAGGCAACAUUGGCACUGACUGUUCUUGGUAUUGAUAACUUACCCAAUUACUACAGAAAAAGUUGGAGGUGAGGGAAGGCUUCUGUGUGUAGAUGCACUCACCUCCCCCACCCCAAUGCAAAGAUGUGCUGUCAUGGUCCCUUCUGGAAAUUUUUGAAUUGUUACCAACUGUAUUUUCAAACCUGGUUCAUAUUUAUACUUUGCAAUCCAAAUAAAGAUAACCCUUAC